AGGUGUUAAAUGUUAUAACUUUGUUUGCAGCAACUCGGCGCAAAGAACACUAAAUUGCAGGUGCAGAAAAGGGAAAUCCUUAAACUUCCAUGGCGUGGAUGCAGCUCUUUCUUCUACAAUUACUGGAAAUAGUACUAGCAGAGACAUUCUUUCUAAUUAGCCUAUCCUCGUCAUCUGGAGAUAUGAUGAUGGGGAAUAGCUCACUUAUCAAUAACCAGACAUUGAUCUCGGCGGGGAACCUGUUCGGACUCGGCUUUUUCAGUCCAGUUAACGAUUCUGCGACUGCAUACAUAGGAAUUUGGUACUACAAUAACCCACCAACAGAAAACAAAGUAGAAGUCUGGGUGGCCAAUAGGAACAGAUCUGUCAACACAUCCAUGGCAUCGUUGAACCUGACUUCCGACGGAAAUCUAAUCUUAUUUGAGGAAGGAACACAGAUUUGGUCGACGGGAACAUUCGCAGAACUCAAUUCUGCACGUUUGCAGCUUAUAGACUCAGGAAACCUCGUGCUGACUGCCGGCAAUUCUAACAGAAUUCUAUGGCAGAGCUUCGACCAUGCGUCUGACACUCUUCUCCCCGGCAUGAAGGUAGGAUUCAACUUCCAGACCAACAUUUCGUGGCAGCUCGUGUCAUGGAAGAAUGCCACGGACCCUUCUCCGGGCAAGUACAUCCUCAGAAUGGAGACGUAUAAUGUUCCGGAUUUUUUCUUGCUGGGAGUGAAUGAAUCCGUCAAACUCGGUCGCACUGGGCCAUGGAACGGGCAAUGGUUCGUCGGCCUUCCAAAUAUGGGGAACUACAUCGCGAGGUACGUAAACUUCACAUACGUGUCCAACCAGAAUAACCAGACCUACUUCAUCGAUGAAUAUCAGACUCGAUCUCAAGAGUUAUUGCGGCUGCUAGUGGACGCCAACGGAACGAUCCGGCUUUUGAUUUCUGGAGGGGGAGAGUGGACUUCUUUAUUAUCGAUUCUAGACGACGACUGCGAUAACUACAAUCGUUGCGGCCGCAACAGAGUUUGCACAAAGGGCUACCUCUCAACCUUUUGCCUUUGCUUGGAAGGGUUUGAGGACAAAGGCGCCGUCGGAUGCGCGAGGAAGGAGCCCUUGCUUUGCUCGUCGAACCAGUUUUCGAAGGAGCAGAACAUGAAGGUGCCCGACACAGAGAACGCAACCUCACGAGGCAAGAUUAGUCUGGAUGCGUGCAAGAAAUUGUGCUUGGAUGAUUGCUCCUGUGUCGCGUAUGCGGUGAUAAAUGGGCCUUAUGGCUGCAUAACUUGGCGCGGUGAGCUGUUGGAUCUCAGAAGUUUUACUGACGGAGACAGAGGAGAUGAUUUGUACAUUCGGCUCCCAGGAUCAUCAACGUCAAAAAAUUGGAAGCACCUCCUUUUGGCGAUAAUCAUUUCGACGUUGCUGGGAAGUUUUUUGCUGUGCAGUGUAGGUGUACUCCUUAAGAGGAGGAGAAACAGAGCAUUGCAAUUUCCAAAUGCGGAACAAGGUUUGAUUAGUCCAUUGGAUGUACUUCCUUCAUAUGGUUUGCAUACUAUAAAAGUUGCAACAAAUAAUUUUUCUGAAGAAAACAAACUCGGGGAAGGGGGAUUUGGUGUUGUUUAUAAGGGUGAAUUGGAUGAUGGACAGAAGAUUGCUGUCAAAAAAUUAUCAAGAUACUCCUCACAAGGCCCAAAUGAGUUCCAGAAUGAACUAUCCGUGAUAGCCAAGUUACAACAUAGAAAUCUUGUUCGUCUUCUAGGCUCCUGUAUUGAAGGAGAUGAGCGACUUAUGAUACUCGAAUACAUGGAAAAUAAGAGCCUUGAUACUUUUAUUUAUGAUAAAGCAAAAAGUUCAUGUCUAAAUUGGCAAAGACGUUUUGAUAUUAUAAUUGGGAUCGCUCGAGGACUUCUAUACUUGCAUCAAGACUCUAGAUUGAGAGUUGUUCAUCGUGAUCUUAAACCGAGUAAUAUUCUUCUUGACAAGGAUAUGAACCCAAAAAUUUCAGAUUUUGGCAUUGCAAGGAUAUUUGAAGGAGAUAAUGCUCUUGAGGAUGCAACAACGCGACCGGUGGGAACAUUGACGAGCAUUCUUGCUUUAAAGGUGACGCACCGAAGUUUUCUGAAAAAGAUAUCAAAUCUUGGAAAAACCAGCAGCUGCAGCAAUUGGUAUCCAUCAUCAGCAAUGAUGCCUUUAGCACCUUCUAUACCCUCAUAUAACAGAGAAUCUGCAAAUUUUGAUACAUGCACAGUUUGUUCACCGAAAUUAUCAGAAAAUUGUAGAGACAGAUUUCCAACACUCUGAAACCUUUAGUAUCUUGUUUGAUACUCCAAAAUCCCUUGUAGAUUCUCUGUUAGGUCCCAUUCCUGAACAGGCUGCAUAUUUUGAGCAUCAGAGAAGUCAAUGCCUCACGAUUAAUGAAUGCUCUCAUCUUCAACGGACUUUUCCCUCCAGAACCACCAACAAUAGAGAUACUCUUGAUCUUCAGGUCUGAGGUAAACAGUAGGAAAACAAGCCAUUCAGGAUCACCAUCAAUGCUAUCAAGAAGGCCCUCGGAAGUAUCCAAUCGACGAUCCUAGGAUUUGAAAACUGAUUUGACACUUCCAGUAACCGCUUCAUUCAACGCUGACACCCUGGAUAGGUUGAUGGGCUCGUGUGGAGCAGAUCAAUGGGCAGCACAGCUAUGAUCCACACAGUCUAUUUGACAAUCUGUUGUCGGAAAUAUUGGAGAAAAUUACUUAAUUGAAAUUACAUAAAAUCAGUUCUAACUUAUCUGUUGAGAUGACCUGAGUGGAUAAUCUCUAGCUGUCAUUCGGGCUGGUUCUGCCACGUUUCCGGUGAUCCGAGUUGCGGAGUUGAUGCAGUGCGUAGAAGAAUCGGGAGUUGAUCAUCGAGUCGAGAAGGGAAUUCGCUGAGUAAGAUACCAAGGCCCGAGCUCAAAGCAAUUUCCUUGAAAUAGAUUUGGCCUACCUCCAGUU